GUUUGUCUGUUGUGAUUUUUUGGAUUUUUUCUAUAAUUAGUUUCUUUCGAUAUAUUUGUAUAGCUUGCACUUGCAAUGAUUUGAUCAAGUCAAAGCGUGAAAAUAAAUUAUUGCUGCAUCACAACUAAAAAAGUAUAUAAAUAGCCUACUUACCAGUGAGUGAAGUGAAGGACUGAAGGUGUCAACAACUUUGAAUGGUCAGAAUACUUAAUGAAGAAUAUGCUGUUUCAAUAAGCAGGGAGACAAUAUCUAAACACCAACAGGACUAGUGACUGCAUGAGGCACAGCUUCGCAGAUUCUGGCAGCAGACUUCUGAACCUGUACAGCCCUCUCAGCCUUCCUAACGCGCGCUGCGAAGCAUGUGUAACAAUGUCAGAGAUGAAAGAGCAUUUGAGGAAGAUAGUCACACGCUUUUUGCAGAAUCGUGAGCCGUAUCAAGUCUUUAGUUUGGAUGAGGAAUGAAAAUAGAACUCAGGCAUAAGAAAUAAGAACCAAUUGCCAAACGAGUCCUAAUUUGGAUUGUACGUAGGACAACACCUCCCUCCACGGAAUGAAAAUAGAAGAUCUCGGGCAUAAGAAAUAAGAACCAAUUGCCAAACGAGUCCUAAUUUGGAUUGUACGUAGGACAACACCUCCCUCCACGGAAUGAAAAUAGAAGAACUCAGGCAUAAGAAAUAAAAACCUAUUGCCAAACGAGUCCUAAUUUGGAUUGUACGUAGGACAACACCUCCCUCCACGGAAUGAAAAUAGAAGAACUCAGGCAUAAGAAAAAAGAACCAAUUGCCAAACGAGCAAUCCUAAUUUGGAUUGUACGUACAAAAGAGGAGAUGACAACACCUCCACGGUAAUACCUUGAACUUAUAGAAAUAACGGACUAAAGAUUCAUAUGAAAAUGAAACAUUACCAAUAAAACUCCUGAUUUUUGACUAGAUAUUCUAAUAAUCUGACUUUCACAACUAUAGAAAGUGCAAAGCUAAAAAUGCCAAAGCACUCCAAAGAGUUUUUUCUUAAGUGUCCAAUAUGUGGACAAUCAUUAAAAAUGAAAUAUCAAAUGAAGGUUCAUAUAUUAAAACAUACCAACGAACACCCUUAUAAAUGCUUAACAUGCGGUAAAUCAUUUAAUAAGCUGAGUCACGUAAAAAGUCAUUUGUUGACACACUCUGGGAAGUCUCAUAAAUGCAUUACAUGCGGGGAAUACUUUGUAUCCAAAAGCCAAUUGAAAUUGCAUACAAUGGUUCAUACAGGAGAGAGACCUCAUAUCUGCAUUACUUGUGGAAAAUCCUUUGUAUCUAAACACAAUUUGAAAGUACAUACAAUGUUUCAUACAGGAGAACGACCUCAUAUUUGCAUUACUUGUGGAAAAUCCUUUGUAUCUAAAAGCAAAUUGAAAGUACAUACAAUGUUUCAUACAGGAGAACGACCUCAUAAGUGUUCUACAUGUGGAAAAUCCUUUGUAUUAAAAUAUAGUUAUGAAAGGCAUCUAUUAAUUCAUGGCAAUGGACAAAGUACAUUGAAAGUACAUACAAUGGAUCAUACAGGAGAGCAGCCUCAUAAAUGUAUUACAUGCGGAAAAUCCUUUGUAUAUGAAAGCAAUUUGAAAGAACAUACAAAGGUUCAUACAGGAGAGCGACCUUAUAUUUGCAUUACUUGUGGAAAAUCCUUUGUAUCUAAAAGCAAUUUGAAAGUACAUACAAGGGGUCAUACAGGAGAGCGACCUCAUAAGUGUACUACAUGCGGAAAAUCCUUUGUAUAUAAAAGCAGUUUGAAAGUACAUACAAGGGUUCAUACAGGAGAGAGACCUCAUAUAUGCAUUACUUGUGGAAAAUCCUUUGUAUCAACAAGCCGAUUGAAAGAACAUUCAAUGGUUCAUACAGGAGAGCGACCUCAUAAAUGUAUUACAUGCGGAAAAUCCUUUGUAUCUGUAAGCAAAUUAAAGGAACAUACAAUGGUUCAUACAGGAGAGAGACCUCAUAUAUGCAUUACUUGUGGAAAAUCCUUUGUAUCUACAAGCCGAUUGAAAGAACAUACAAUGGUUCAUACAGGAGAGCGACCUCAUAAAUGCACUCCAUGCGGAAAAUCCUUUGUAUCUAAAAGCAAAUUGAAAGAACAUACAAUGGUUCAUACAGGAGAGCGACCUCAUAUUUGCAUUACUUGUGGAAAAUCCUUUGUAUUCAGAAGCAAUUUGAAAAUGCAUACAAUGGAUCAUACAGGAGAGCGACCUCAUAAGUGCACUACAUGCGGGAAAUCCUUUGUAUCUAAAAGUAAAUUGAAAGUACAUACAAUGGUUCAUACAGGAGAGCGACCUCAUAUUUGCUUUAUUUGUGGAAAAUUCUUCGUAUCUAAAAGCAAUUUGAAAUCACAUACAAUGUUUCAUACAGGAGAGCGACCUCAUAUAUGCAUUACUUGUGGAAAAUCCUUUGUAUCUAAAGGCAAUUUGAAAGCACAUAGAAUAGUUCAUACAGGAGAGCGCCCUCAUAAAUGCACUACUUGUGGAAAAUCCUUUGCAUUAAAAAAAAGUUAUAAAAGACAUCUAUUAACUCAUGGCAAUGGACAUCCUUAUAAAUGUAAUACAUGUAAAAAAGCAUUCAAAUCAAAGGAUACUUUGAAAAAACAUAUUUUGGUUCAUACGGGAGAUAAACACAACUGUACUACAGUGGGAACUCCUUCUUAA